AUGACGACAAUAAAGAAUAGUAAUGACAAAUGUAAUGUUGUGUAUAAUCAAUUUGAAUCAGAACUACAACUACCACACAUUAUGCGUCUAAUUGAAAAUGACUUGUCAGAACCAUAUUCAGUUUACACAUAUCGAUAUUUUAUACACAAUUGGCCAAAUUUAUGUUUUCUGGCUAAAGAUGGAGACAAAUAUGUAGGUGUUAUUAUUUGUAAAUUAGAUCGACAUAAAGAUAGACUUCGUGGAUAUAUUGCCAUGUUAGCGGUUGCUAAAUCUCAUCGCAAAAUGUCUAUUGGGUCUAAUCUUGUUAAAAUGGCUAUCAAAGCAAUGAAGGAAAUGGAUGCAGAUGAGGUUGUACUAGAAACAGAAUAUACAAAUUUAGGUGCACUUGGAUUAUAUCAAAGAUUAGGAUUCAUCAAAGAUAAGCGUUUGUAUAGAUAUUAUUUGAAUGGUGUUGAUGCUUUUCGUCUUAAAUUGUUUUGUAAAACAAUGGUUUAA